AUGAGCCUCAACCCCCAGCGCAGCGCCGCACACGGCCGCUCGCCCAGCGGCCGCAUCGCCGUGGCGCGUCGCAUGACCCGCGGCCUGCUGGAUGCGGAGGUGCUCGACGACCCGCUGUCGCCCAAGGGGCCCUCCCGCACCGCCAGCCCCGCGGGCCCCUCGCCUGCGCGCGUCCUCUCGCCUGCGCGCGUGCGCUCGCCGCCGCCCGAGCCCAGCGCCCAUGGCCUGCACGACCUGCAGCAGAGCGUCGCGCUGGACGUGUCGUUCCUGCAGGACCCGGCCGCCUACCAUGUGCUGCCCACCACCGCCCCGCUGCCGUUCCAGCACGCCGCCAACGUGCCCUCGGUCGCCGCCCCCAUCGACUCGCUGCUGCUCGCCGGCCACUACAGGCUCGCCGCCAUCGCCGCCGCCCGCAACAUCGUGUCUGCCGCCGCGCCCACCGACUACCCCACGCUCUUCCACCUCGUGCACAUCCGCCUGGCCUGCCUGUGCCUGGUCAGCGAGCACGCCCUGGCCGCCCAGGAGGCAAAGGUCCUGGGCGACCUCAACAGCGCCUUCUACCGCCACCCGCUGACCGGCGCGCAUCUGGUGCCCUGGGACCUGCGCCUGCUCGCCGUGCGCCUGACGGCCCUGGGCUACGGCGAGUGGCGCAAGGGCAUCAUGGGCUACUACGAGCUGGCCCGCGAGUGCCGCGAGAGCAUCGUCCGCGCCGUCGAGCACCCCGACAAGGCCCUCUGGCGCCGCAGACUGCGGGACUGCGGCAUCAGGGUUGCGAACACGCUGGUGGAGAUGGGCGACUUGGACGGUGCGGGCCGCCAUUUGGGCACACUGGCGCACGCCGACGGCGAGCCCGACGCCGCCGACGCGAGAGAAGUGCUGGUCAUGGAGACGCUGGUGUGGCUGCGCGUGGGCGACCUGGCAAGUGCCCGCCAGUGCCUGGCCCGCGCCUCCACAGCCGAGAGCGAUGCCCUGCUCGACGGCACCCUGGCAGCCCUGCUCCAGCUGGCCGACUCCGACUACGAAGCCGCGGCAGCAUCCUUCCGCGCCCUGCACGAGCAGUUCCCUGACGAUGCCAUGGUUGCCCAGAACCUCGCCGUGUGUCUGCUGUACACAGGGCAUAUUCCCGAUGCCCGAGGUCUGCUGUCCAACCUCGUCGACACCACCCCGCCUUUCCAUUCCAUGGUCUUCAAUCUGAGCACCGUCUUUGAGCUGUGCACCGAGCGCAAUCGGGACAGGAAGAUCGAGGUAGCAGAGAAGCUGGCGAGUCGCAAGGACGGCGGCGGCGUUGGCUGGGAGCGAAGCACCGUCGAGUUCAAGCUGUAG